AAGUCAGAUCCACUCGUUUCACUUCGGACACGAACCUCAUCCCCACCAGUACUAGGCCUGGAACGGUUAACACUCGUCAAUCCAUGUCUGAAGUCUGAAGUCUCGACUCUAUUGCUCCUUUUGCGUGGCUCGCAAAUUAAGGACGGCAUUCAUCAGGACCAACGGAGCGUACGCGAACACUGUAAACGAAACCAAUUGGCCUGAUCGUGAUCCUUGGACUUGGGUACAUGCCCCAGAGCCGACGGCAUCACCCGCGUGAUCGCUGUUGCCUAGGUCGAAUCGUGGCUAAGAAAAACCUUUGCAAAAGACCGUCUCGGGCACAAGUAUCAACAAAGCCGACCACACAUUGUCACAGACUCAAUGGAGCUCGCUGCCGGUUUUUUGAGCAACCACGAAUCAUGGAUGUACUCUCCCGGAAUGCACGCAGAAGCCCUAGGGUCACUCAGCCCCAUGUACCAGCCAUUGAGGAGAACAACCGCGUUCACAUGCUCACAUCUCACCAUCUUCUAGACCUUAGACGCCGUCACACAUACGGUCGCCCGAUGCUCUUAGCCCGGGUGGGACGCCCUGAGAACCUUCUGCGGCGACGCAUCUGCUAUAGAGUUGUACACACUUACCACACAAAGAAACGAGUCGCCAUCCUUGUAUACUUGAAGGUGGUCUCGAACGAUAGUGUAGGUGACACAGUUAUGAUUCUUUGUCCGCAUCGGUUGGACAAGUCGAGCUUCAGUGUAAUUCGUGCCCCGGCGAUAGCCGGCGCGGAUACAGUGAUCUGCGAAUAAGAUUGCCGUUGUUUUUUUGCUAAUGAGCUACGAAGGCGGUUCUGAUGGCCCAACUAAGCACAGGUUCAUGCCGUUCUCCAUCUUUGUGACACUUGCUGGAGAUCCACUUUCUAUAACAAGGGAAAGGGAGCAAGCAAUUACCACGGCGGAUAAACAGAUCAGAAUCCUUCCUAGAUCCGCUGUAUGGGCUCUGAGUAAACAUAGAGCUAUAAAUCAAGAUUAGUUAUCAGUGUUCCGGGGGGCAUCGACUAAAUGGCUUCUCGUGGAUAUGUGU